AUGUUUGGAAUUUCAUCAAUUUAUAUUUUAGAUUAGAAAGGAAGAGUCUUGAUUACAAGAUAAUACAGAAAUGAAUUACCUGUGAAUAUUCAUGAAACAUUUAAUAAAAAGUUAUUGGAGUUCGAUGAAUAUACUUAAAAACCUGUAAUGAUAGAUAAGGAUGGAUAUACUUACAUAUUUAUAAGGCAUAAUAAUUUAAUAUUUAUGACUGUCUGUUCUUAAAAUGCAAAUUGUCUAAUGAUUUUUUCAUUUUUAUUCAGAUUGGUAUAAGUAUUAUAGGAAUAUUUUGUUAAUGUUGAAGAAGAAUCAAUUAGAGAUAAUUUUGUUGUAGUUUAUGAAUUGUUAGAUGAAAUGCUUGAUAAUGGAUAUCCGUAAACAACAGAAUUUAAAAUUUUGAAAGAAUUUAUCAAAACAGAAAGUUUUUAAUUGAAAGACAAGAAAUAACCAGAAUAAACAAAUUUUAAUGUGGUUGCAUUGGUUUCUAAUAAAAUAUCAUGGAGAAAGGAGGGAAUUAAAUAUAAAAAGAAUGAAGUUUUUUUGGAUGUUAUUGAAAAAUUGAAUAUGUUAAUAGGUCAAUAAGGAAAUGUAAUAAAAAGCGAGAUUAUAGGAUAAGUAUAGGUCAAAUGUAUGUUGAGUGGAAUGCCUGAAUUGAAAUUAGGAUUGAAUGACAAAGCAUUUUUUGAAGCAUAAGGUCGUUAAUCAAAAUCAAGAGCAGUUGAAUUUGAUGAUAUUAAGUUUCAUUAAUGUGUAAGAUUAUCAAAAUUUGAAAAUGAAAGAGUUAUAUAAUUUACACCUCCAGAUGGUGAUUUCGAAUUGAUCUCCUAUAGAUUGGAUAUAAGAGUCAAACCAUUAUUUUCAGUAGAUGUACUAAUAGAAAGAAAGUCAGCAACUAAAAUAGAAUUUCUAGUUAAAGCUAAAUCUAAUUUCAAGCCUAAGAGUACUGCAAAUAAUGUUGAAGUAAUAUUUUAAUAUUAAUUUAGAUAUUUGUACCUGUUCCUGAUGAUGCAGAGUAACCUCAAUUUAGAACUGCACAUGGUUCUGUUAAUUAUAUGCCUGAAAAGGAAGCUAUGUGUUGGAGUAUCAAAUAAUUUGGAGGUUAAAGAGAUUUUAUGAUGAAUGCAGUAUUCCAUCUCCCAACGUAUAUAUAUAUAUAAAUUUAAAUAUAGAAUUGUAUCACCAAACAGAGAUAAAUUUUAGAAGAUGCCUAUCAAUAUCACAUUUGAAAUUCCUUACUUUACUGUCUCUGGUUUUUAAGUCAGAUAUUUAAAGAUUUAAGAUAAAAGUGGAUAUAAUGCAUUACCAUGGGUAAGAUAUAUUACAUAGAAUGGAGAAUAUUAAAUUAGAAUGAAUUGA